AUGCGCCGCCCGGGAACGCUGCCCGUCGCGAACAACGCGUCCGGUCAUCGCGGAGGAGGAAGUGGCGGGGCGGGAGUGGGCGGAGGUGGGGGGAGUAGAGGUGUCGCAGACGAUGGCACGGCAUCGCUGAGUGCCGCGCCGAUCGACGGGGUCACGUCCGGCGGUGCAAGAUCCCAUUAUUCCAGUCAUUCUCUGCGUCGAACGCCGCACUCGCAGCCGCAGCUCUCGGCCAGGGAUCCGGACGAUCGGAUGCGCACCCUGGAGCCUGGCCUGCAGAACGGAGUCCCGACCGGUGGCGGUCGUCAUCAGCCGUCGCCACCGCCGUUGCCCUCCAGGCAUCAGCCCAAUUGCAGCCAAUCCUCGUAUCCGACUCUGCCGGUCAAUGGCCACGCCGCUCAUCACUAUCAUCAUCACGCGAGAGAGCGCGAGAAAGAUCGGUCGUCCACUCGCGAGAGAAACCGCGAGCGCGAUGCCGGUCCGCCGCCACCACCGCCACCGAUAGCGUCGCACCGAUCCGACAAGCACAGAGAGGCUCAGCUGGAAAUGGAGCUGCGCGAUAGCCUCGACAUGGGCGUCAUCGGAUCGUACCGAGCGUAG